AUGGGCGGACCGGGUCCCGGGCCUGGACCGGGGAUGGGGCCACCGGGACCGGGGGGCGCGGGGAUGGGCGGACCAGGACCCGGGGGACCGGGGAUGGGGCAUGGUCCCGGACGCGGUAUCCCCGGCCCAGGCGGACCGGGGGGACCGGGGGGACCGGGGGGACCGGGGGGGCGAGGGGGGCCGGGGCAUGGGGGCCCCGGGCAGGGGUUUGGGCGCGGAGGGGGGUUUGAAGGAGGGUUUCAUCCUGGCGCAGGGUUUGGGGGGCGCGGGGAGUAUGGGGGAAGGGGGGAGUAUGGCGGAAGGGGGGAGUAUGGUGGCGGACGGGGCGGAGAUUUCGGUGGGAGAGGCGGGUUCUUUGAUGGUAAGUACGCUGAUACUUCUCCCAAUUCACCUCUGCCUCCUCCCCGUUCCCCCGAACCCUUGCUUCCGUCCCUUCCUCCCUGCAGCGCGCAGAAUGCAGCGACGCACAGUGGACUGCAGUGCCACGCCACAGUGGCGCUCUACCUGCCUGCACGCCCUUAUGCUUGCAAUGCCUUUAUCCUCCCCCCUGCCGCUCUGUGCAGCGCGCAGGAUGCAGCGCAGAGGCAUGCAGCGGCGCACGGUGGACUACAGCGCCACGGUGGCGCUCUACCUGCACGCCCAUGCCACCAAACCGUGGCAAGCUGUCCCCCCUCAAACCUUCCCAACCGCUCUCAACAACCCUCAACCACCCUCAACCCACCACCAGCGCGCAGGAUGCAGAGGCGGGGCAUGCAGCGGCGAACAGUGGACUACAGCGCCACGGUGGCGCUCUACCUGCACGAGCGCGCGCGCCAGUGGGACGCGCGCGACGCCUCUGACCUCCUGCCCGCCUCCUCCGCUUCCCUCAAGCUGCUGCCGUGCAUGGCAUACGAGGACCACCCAGCAGCCAGCAUCGCGUCUCGCUUUGUGCACGCCUCCACCAACAAGAUCCGCUGCCCCAUCAACCAAGUCGUGUGGACGCCCACGGGGCGGCGGCUGCUGACAGGGUCACAGAGCGGCGAGUUCACGCUGUGGAACGGGCUGUCCUUCAACUUCGAAAUGCUCAUGCAGGCCCACCAGGUGGCCGUGAGGAGCAUGGUGUGGAGUCACAACGGCAACUGGCUGGUUUCAGGGGACGACUCAGGAUGCAUCAAGUACUUCCAGACGAAUCUGCGCAUGAUGAAGGAGAAUGCCACGGCCCACAAGGAGUCCGUGCAGGGCGUCAGCUUUUCAAGCUCCGAUCUCAAGUUCUGCUCAUGCUCUGACGACACGGCGGUCAAGGUGUGGGACUUUGCGCGCUGCCAGGACGAGGUCACCCUCGCAGGCCACCGCUGGAAUGUGCUGUGUGUGGACUGGCACCCCUUGAACUCCCUCAUCGUCUCAGGCGGCAAGGACACGCACUCGAAGCUCUGGGAUGCGCGCACGGGACGCGAGGUGUGCACCCUGUACGGGCACAAGCGCACGGUGCGGUCAGUGGCAUGGAACCAGAACGGCAACUGGCUUGCAUCAUCCUCCGAUGACCAGCUCGUGAAGCUGUACGACAUCCGCACGCUCAAGGAAAUGGAGACGUUCAAGGGGCAUACGAAGGAAGUCUCAUCCAUAGCAUGGCAUCCCGUGCACGAGGACCUGCUCGCCAGUGGCGGCUCCGAUGGCAGCAUCCUCUUCUGGCUCGUGGGUUCGAACACAAGCGGGCCGGCAGCAGAGGUGACAAACGCACACGAGAAUGCAGUGCUGUCGCUGGCAUGGCACCCGCUGGGGCACACGCUGUGCAGCGGCAGUCGUGACCAGAGCACCAAAUUCUGGAGCCGCAACCGGCCUGGCGAUGCUGUGAAGGACCCCAUGGGAUCAGUCAACACUGCUUCCCCUGCUGCUGCUGCCGCCGCCACUCCCGGUUAUGCUGGACCCCCUCCUGCUAAGGAGCCAGCCCCCUCAGCACCACGGCCUGCCUCUGCCCCUCCCUCUUUGGUCAUGGGCAAUAUGGAGGCCAGGGGAUGGGCCAUGGACCCCCUCCACCACAACCACCGCCUCCCUACCAGCAACGAUAUCCUUGAGAAUGUUAUAAUCAAUUAA